UGACGUAAUAAUUUCGCGUUCCAGCGCGCAUGCUCCUUUGAGAGGGAAGAAGAAGAAAGCGGGUGCGUGGGGUUGUAAAUGCACGUUUACUGUUUUCACUGAGAAAUGUCUACCAGCGACUUUUACUUGAGAUACUACGUGGGACAUAAAGGCAAAUUUGGACAUGAAUUUCUGGAAUUUGAGUUUCGACCAGAUGGAAAGCUAAGAUACGCAAACAACAGCAACUACAAGAAUGAUGUUAUGAUCAGAAAAGAGGCCUACGUACACAAGAGCGUAAUGGAGGAGUUGAAAAGGAUCAUCGACGACAGUGAGAUCACAAAGGAGGACGAUGCGCUGUGGCCUCCCCCCGACAGAGUGGGAAGACAGGAGUUGGAGAUCGUCAUAGGAGACGAGCACAUCUCAUUCACAACCUCCAAGAUUGGCUCCUUGAUUGACGUCAACCAGUCCAAAGACCCAGAAGGCCUCAGAGUCUUCUACUACCUGGUCCAAGAUCUCAAAUGUCUGGUUUUCAGUCUCAUCGGCUUACACUUCAAAAUCAAACCCAUCUAAAAUUAAACUAGUGGCUGUUGCUUUGAUUACAUGUGUGCAUUGAUUUGAUUGUUUUUUUUAUUUUAAAUAAAUUGGAAAAUUUUUACAGUUUUGUGUUGCAGCACAGUUUUAAGUAAAGAAAACCUCUAUGUAUUCCACACAACUUGAUGUUAAAAAUGUUGGAAGGUAUGAUGAACAAGGUGUGAUGACCAGAUACAACUUGCCUUCAGUCAUGCCUACUGAAGACCAAGUUAAGUUGUCUGGAAAAAAUGUAUAGGUAGCCAUGUGUUGAAAUACAUAAGAGAUUAAUUCAAAAUAAAC